AUGACGAGCAAGAUGGAGCUUCUGGAGUGUCCCAUGUGUAACUUCACCGUGCUUCAGAAAGAUGACUACAUUCUCCAACUACACUUUGAGCAAGUGCAUACUGCGAACUCUCCUUUCGUGAUAGAAGACGACCCAGAACCGUUACCCCCGUCGUUGCCCCUCAGGCCUUCCUCACUCCGCCACGACACUGAGGACACGCCUUCCUCCGACGACUCAGAAGAGGAGGAAAGCACCACAGUGUGCCCUGACCCCAACUGCGGCGAACUCGUUCCUCUCUCCGACUUCAACGACCAUCUCGAAUACCACAACGCAGAAACUUUAUCAUUUGACGAGACUACAGGAAAGUAUCAUUCUCAUCAUUCAUCCGCUACUAUGCAAGGCUCGACCUCAUCUCGUCGUUCCCAUGCGAGUCAGUCAAGGAUCACAACAUCCGAGCGAAGUUUCAGCACAGACUUGUCAGAUGCUUUGAAGAGGACUGAUGCUCACGGCCGCAAAUCGAAGAAGCACCCACAUCGGCAUCGGCGCGACACCGAUGAGAGCGAGAAGAGUACCAUCGGAAGGAGUAUUCUAGGUUUUAAUCCUUUUGCGAAACCCGACAAGUCCGUCAAGCCACCGAUCAAAAGUGCUCGGCUAGGUAAAUCCGAACUGGGACCCUACGCUUGGGAGAAUCGAAUGCCUAGGUGGCUGCACGAUCAGCUGGAUGCCGGCCCUAAGAUCACUGCCGUCAACCGCAUCGGCCGAGAUGGCCGCCUAAUCAAGCAUGAUCAGGUGCAGAACGAGACGCCAGGCAUCAUUCCCAUCCUCGCGCAACUAUCUGCUCUUGAUCGGACCGUGAAGGAAGCAUAUUACUGCCAUCCAUCGACACUCCACGUUGGUAAAACCCCAAGCGAGGGUGGCUUCUGCGGUUACCGGAACAUACAAAUGCUGCUAUCCUACAUUCAGGGCGCCAAGGCUCAAGGCUACGAAGAAUUUCCAGGACGGCUGCCAACUAUUCUGAAGAUGCAAGACCACAUUGAAGAUGCCUGGGACAAAGGCAUCAACUCAAUCGGCCGUGUUCAGACUGGUGGUAUCCGUGAUACCAGAAAGUACAUUGGCACACCAGAGGUGACAUCUUACUUACCUUCAACUGUUCUCUACUAA